AACAUUAAAUAUGUAUGCAGCAGCUAGUUUGCUACCAGAUUGCGCCAACAGAGGAAAAGUUUGACGAAGAAACACGGCGUCAACCAAGUCAACUUUUGAGGAAAGCGGAUCAUCAUGGAGUUUGAGGAGUCGGGCAUCGGGGAGGAGUGCGGCGUGUUCGGCUGUGUGGCCGCGGGGGACUGGCCCACCCAGCUGGAGGUGGCCCAGGUACUGACGCUCGGACUAGUGGCGCUGCAGCACAGGGGUCAGGAGAGCGCAGGGAUUGUCACCAGCAAUGGAGCUUCACCUCCAACGUACACCACCUUGAAGGGUAUGGGCUUGGUGAACACUGCCUUCCAGCCAGAGGACUUGCUGAAGCUUCGCCAUGGGAACCUGGGUAUCGGCCACACCCGCUACUCCACCACAGGAAUCUCUGAGCUGCAGAACUGCCAGCCCUUUGUGGUCGACACUCUGCAUGGCAAGAUUGCCGUGGCGCACAAUGGAGAGCUAGUGAAUGCUGCAACACUGCGCAAACGGGUGAUGCGGCAUGGUGUGGGUCUCUCCACCAGCUCGGACAGUGAGCUGAUCACUCAACUGCUGGCGCUGACUCCGCCCAUGGAGGAGCUGGACUCCCCUGAUUGGGUUGCCAGAAUAAAGAACCUGAUGACAGAGACACCCACCUCCUACUCGCUGCUGGUGAUGUACACAGACGUCAUUUACGCUGUGAGAGACCCGUAUGGCAACCGGCCCCUCUGCAUUGGCAGGCUCGUCCCCAUCUCCAAACUGCACAGCGCAGGAGCAGGGGAUGGAGACACAGAGGGCUGGGUGGUGUCAUCAGAGUCCUGCAGCUUCCAGUCCAUCGGUGCACGGUACUAUCGUGAGGUUGAGCCUGGGGAGAUCGUGCAGAUCUCUAAACAUGGAGUGAAGACCCUGAGCGUCGUACCCCGGCCAGAGGGAGAUCCUCCUGCCUUCUGCAUAUUUGAAUAUGUUUACUUUGCCAGGCCGGACUCCAUAUUUGAAGGUCAGAUGGUGUAUAGCGUCCGGCAGCGCUGUGGACGCCAGCUUGCCAUUGAGGCCCCCACAGAUGCAGAUGUGGUCAGCACUGUACCAGAAUCGGCCACACCCGCCGCACUGGGCUACGCCCAGCAGGCAGGGUUGCCCUACGUGGAGGUGCUGUGUAAGAACCGCUAUGUCGGACGCACCUUCAUUCAGCCCAACACUCGCCUCCGACAGCUGGGGGUGGCCAAGAAGUUCGGCGCCUUGACUGACAACUUUGCCGGGAAAAGGGUGGUCCUGAUCGAUGACUCCAUCGUCAGGGGCAACACGAUAUCGCCAAUCAUCAAACUGCUGAGGGAAGCUGGAGCCACCGAGGUGCACAUUCGUGUGGCUUCGCCGCCCAUCCGGUUCCCCUGCUACAUGGGCAUCAACAUCCCCACCAAAGAGGAGCUCAUCGCCAACAAGCCAGAGUUCCAGGACAUCGCUGGCUACAUCGGGGCCACCAGUGUACGCUACCUGUCUGUGGAAGGGCUGGUGGCUGCGGUUCAGGGUGGAAUCCCACUGCAGAAGGAUCGGAGGAUCGACUCCAACAGCAAGGCCAGCAGCAGGGUGGGGCACUGCACUGCCUGCCUUACAGGGAAAUACCCUGUGGAGCUGGAGUGGUGACCACGAGACUGCAACCUGACCACGACCGCAGAGCUGGAGUGGUAACCUCAUGACCACGGCCAUAAUUCUAACCUAACCAACCCACCUAACCGUGAAGCUCGCUGUGGAGAAGGUGUGCUGACAUACGCCCAUAACCUCAGAGCAGAACCUAACCCUGCCUGUGUGUGAAGUACCACACAGAGCCCGAAUGACCAGGCCUCACUCACACGCAAGGACUAAACAUGCAAACAUAGCACAUGCACAUGCAAGUAUCAAAGACAACUACGACACCCACAACCCACAACUCAAGCAUUAUACAAGCGCAGCCCACAGGUCAAGCCAAAGCAUUAUCUGUUUUAAUGCAUGUUGAAUUUCAUAUUAACACUGUACUUGUUGAUACAGAGAGCACUCUCUCUCUGGGUAAAUUUACACAGCUGUGUAGCAGUGAGGUCCUUAAAGCCUAGAGCUACACAAAGCGAUUCCACCACACUGCAGCUCACAGGAAAUACCAGUUUUAUUGAGCCACACUGACUGAAGCCUUAAUUAGUCCAUUUAUGGCAUUCCUGCAAGAUACACCGUUGCUGAUGUUUUAAUACCCCUGUACAUUUCUGGAUAACUGAAUACU